AGUAGAGCAUCAUUUUCUUAUCUCACGCGAGGACGACGCCAUCGAUUUUAAAACUGCUCCUCAAAGUUGGACUUCAUGUAGUGUACUCACGCAGAGGAAAAGUAUACCCAAUUCAGAGACUCCAGAGAAUCCCUAGCCGGCGAGAGGAAGCGACCGGCGGCGUGACGGAAAUGGCGCCGGCGCACGUUCUGGUGUUCCCGUGGCCGCUGCAGGGCCACAUCAACUCGAUGCUUCAUUUCGCCGCGGGGCUCCUCGACGCCGGUCUCCACGUCACAUUCGUUCACACGGAGCACAAUCUCCGCCGUGCUCACCACGCCGAGGCCGUCGCGACGCCACGCCUCCGCUUCGUGUCCUUGCCGGACGGCCUCCCCGUCGACCACCCCCGCUCCGUGGGCGACCUCAAGGAUGUCGCCAAGUCACUGAUGACGACGGGCCCUGCUGCGUACCGUGCGCUCCUCGCCUCGGCGCUGUCCCCCGCGGCCGACGGCGGGUUCCCAGCGCUGUCGUGCGUCGUGGCCGACGGUUUACUGCCGUUCGCCAUCGAUGUCGCGGAGGAGCUCGGCGUGCCGGCGCUCGCUUUCCGCACGGCGAGCGCGUGCAGCUUCUUGGCUUACCUCUCCGUGCCCAGGCUCGUGGAGCUCGGCGAGGUUCCCAUCCCUGUAGGCGCCGACCUCGAUGAGCCGGUCCGUAGCGUCCCGGGGAUGGAGGAUUUCCUGCGGCGACGAGAUCUUCCAAACUCUUGCCGCCGUCGGGCCAAGACCGACGACGUCGACCCUUUGCUGCAGAUUCUGGUGGGCUACACCGCUCACAGCUGCAAUGCUCGGGCGCUCAUAUUCAACACGGCGGCGUCACUGGAGCGGUCGGCGCUCGCGCACAUCGCGCUGCAUAUGCGCGACGUCUUCGCCAUAGGCCCUCUCCACGCCGUCUCGGCGGCGCCGGCGCCGGCCGCCAGUUUGUGGCGCGAGGACGACGGGUGUAUGGCGUGGCUGGACGGUCAGGCGGACCGGUCCGUGGUGUACGUGAGCUUGGGCAGCCUGGCCGUCAUUUCGCUCGAGCAGUUCACCGAGUUCCUGUCCGGGCUUGUCGGCUCCGGCUACGCGUUCCUGUGGGUGCUCCGGCCGGACAUGGUCGGGGCAAGCCAGAGCGCCGUCCUCCAGGAAGCCGUCGACGCGGCGGGGAACGGCAAGGCGCGUGUCGUGGACUGGGCGCCGCAGCGAGACGUGUUGAGACACCGCACCGUGGGCUGCUUCCUGACUCACGCCGGGUGGAACUCGACGCUGGAGGGGAUCACCGAGGGCGUACCGCUGGUGUGCUGGCCGUUCUUCGCGGACCAGCACAUCAACAGCCGGUUCGUCGGCGCAGUAUGGGGGACGGGGCUGGACAUGAAGGACGUGUGCGAGAGGGCCGUCGUGGAGGGGAUGGUGAGGCAGGCCAUGGAGUCCGGCCAGCUAAGGAUGUCGGCUCAAGUGCUGUCGCAGGAGGUGAGGCGGGACGUCGCGGAGGGAGGCUCGUCGGCGACGGAGUUCCAACGGCUUAUCAGCUUCAUCAAGGAGUUCGGCAAGAAUUAAGGAUUCAAGUACAAAUCUUCUGUAAAGUAUUCUUGAAACAAAUAACUUUGUUUCCAUAGCUUUACUUUGUGGUGUGUGAACAGAAGGUCCAUGUUAUAACAAUGGAAGAAAGAUUAGGCGCGCUUUGUUACACCACUUGUGUUAUUAUGAU